AUGGCGUCACCAUCCUUAGAAUCGCAAGCAAGCGGCGCUGAGCGCGUGUCUCGGCGGCGGCGAGGCAGCACGUGGGAUGCGCUCCUUUAUGCACACGACGCGCUUACGAUUGCCUUCUCUGUGAGUGACAUUGUGCUCGACAUCCUCGUGACGAUCAAAUUUGCGCAGGAUGGCCACGUCGGCUUCUUUAUCGCCUCGUGCUGCAUCUUUGCCGUCGCGCAGGCAUCCUACGCACUCAUCUUCACGUCAUCGUUUGCGAGUCACCUGAGCGACGGGAAGCGGCUACUCGUCUUCCUGGCGGCGCUGCCGCUCGCCCAGCUGAUCCCGCUCUUCUCGUGGGUCGAGUCGCUCCACUGGCCUUCCCUCGCCCUCGCGAUGCGCGCCAUCGGCCUGCAGCCGUCGGCGCAAGUCUGCCCGGCAUCGGGCGACUCGCUGUGGCUGGUGUUUCGCGCAAAGUUCGCGGCUCACUCGGGCUUCCUCGCGGAGGCGGUGCUGGAGGCGGUGCCGCAGUGCGUGCUGCAGACGGCGCACAUCAUGUGGACCGGCGCGACCCGCCACCCGCCCGCCACACUCCCUUGGACACGUCCCUUGGACACGUCCCUUGGACACGCCCCUUGGACACGUCCCUUGGACGCGCGCUAG